CUUCGUGGGCACCAUGAGCGGGCUGCAGAACAGUGGUGCCCGAAGACAAUUUUUACUUGAGCGUUUAUUGGAUGCAGUUAAACAGUGCCAGAUCAGAUUUGGGGGAAGGAAAGAGAUCGCUUCGGAUUCAGAUAGCAGAGUUACCUGCCUCUGCGCGCAGUUUGAGUCCGUCCUUCAGCAUGGCUUGAAGAGGACCCGGGGGUUAGCUUUAACCGCAGCCGCCAUCAAGCAAGUUACCGGUUUCGCCAGUAAAACUGAAAUGGAGUCCAUAUUCUGGUACUAUGUGAAGGAGGUUCUUAAUAAACAUGAGCUGCAGCGUUUCUAUUCUCUGAGGAAUAUCACGACGGAUACGGGUCGAGGCCGAGCAUGGCUCCGUUGCGCUCUCAAUGAACAUUCCCUAGAAAGAUAUUUGCAUAUGUUGCUUGCAGAUAAAAAUCAUCUCAGUGUCUUCUAUGAAGACUGGUCCUUCCUGAUGGACGAAGAACGAUCCAGUAUGAUUCCCACCAUGGCAGCCGGGCUGAACUCCAUUCUCUUUGCAAUCAACAUUGAUAAUAAGGAUUUAAAUGGGCCGAGCAAGUGCCCGCCCUCCGUCUCUGACCUUCUCAAGGAAUCCACCCAGAACGUGACCUCUUUGCUCAAAGAAUCCACCCAAGGCGUCAGCACCCUCUUCCGGGAGAUCACAGCUUCGUCCCCUGUUUCCAUGUUAAUCAAAUCCGAUCAAGAUGCUGACCUGCUGCCUAUUUUAUCCAAGUGUGUCAGUGGCGAUUUAAAAUGCCGGAAAGACCGAACGAAGAAAAAGAAGAAAAUCACCAAAAUCAUUUCGUUCGACGACGAAGAGGGCCAACCUCUGGGGACCCCCUUACGGGGGACAGCGGCAGGAGAAGACUCUGAAGAUUGUGGCGAGAGGCUUUCUGCCUCGGGAGCUUCUUCUGUAGCUGAACAGAUGGACACUCUGCACGGCAACGAGGCUGGGACGUCACUCCAGCAUCCUUCUGAGUAUCUGAACGGGGACUGCGGCUACCUGAAACUGGAUGUCAAAAGUAUAGACGAUGAAGAGGCCGAGGACAAUGAGGACAACACCACCAGGACAUUGAGGAACCACAGUGUGAUGGAAGACACAGAGGUGCUUCCAAAGCCUGCUGAAGGUGUGACGUCCCGUUCAUUGGUUUGCACGGAGACUCCUCUGCAAAUGCUGAACGACGACUUGGAUGAAUUAUUCCCAGUCAGCGCUGUGGGUUCUUUCUCCCAGACUGAAAAUCUGGAGGAUGGCAACGAACACGGAAGGGCAGAUUUUUCAGUAGAAUUGACUCAGAGCAAUGCUGAAUUGCACUACAGGGUAGAAACCAGUUCUCCUGUUCACAAGAAUGCAUUAACUGAACUUCUGCCUUCAGACAGCAUGCCAGAAUCAAUGACUGUGGCGGAACUUCGGCAAGCUAUUGUAGCCAUGAUGAACAGAAAACAUGAACUGGAAGAACAGAACAGUUCCUUGCGGGGCCUCCUGGAGGGGGAGAUGGAACAUUCGGCAGGACUCCGUCAAGAGGUGGACACCCUGAAGAAGAAAGCUUCAGAGCACGAAGAACACCACACAGUGAGGAUUCAGGCCUUGGCCAGGGAGAAUGAGGUGCUCAAAGUCCAGCUAAAGAAAUACGUGGGUGCUGUCCAGAUGUUGAAAAGAGAAGGUCAAACCAUGGACGUCUUGCCAAACCUUUGGAACGCAGAGAGCGAAUUCUCUAUUCCUGAACAAAAGCAAGUGGAAAACAACGAGGAGCGCGCAAACUCUUAUGAAAGGAAGCUGAUUGAG